GGGCGGAGCAAUCGCGUCCCCGCUUCUCCACUGCCGCCGUGUCCGCCCCGUCGCGCCCCGCCAUGGCCGCCCGUUACCUCCGUGCUGCCCCGGUGCUGAGCCGCUUGGUCCGCUGCCCCCUCCCCGCCGCUUCCGUGGGGCAGCGCCGGCACUAUGCCGACAAGCGGAUCAAGGUGGCCAACCCAGUGGUGGAGAUGGACGGGGACGAGAUGACGCGGAUCAUCUGGGCCUUCAUCAAGGACAAGCUCAUCCUGCCCAACGUGGACGUCCAGCUGAAGUAUUUUGACCUGGGGCUGCCGCACCGGGACAAGACAGAUGAUCAGGUCACCAUCGACUCGGCGCUGGCCACCAAGAAGUACAGCGUGGCUGUCAAGUGUGCCACCAUCACGCCGGAUGAGGCCCGGGUGGAAGAGUUCAAGCUGAAGAAGAUGUGGAAGAGCCCCAACGGCACCAUCCGGAACAUCCUGGGGGGGACGGUGUUCCGGGAGCCCAUCGUCUGCAAGAACAUCCCGCGCCUGGUGCCCGGCUGGACCAAGCCCAUCACCAUCGGCCGGCAUGCCCACGGUGACCAGUACAAAGCCACCGACUUCGUGGUGGACAAGUCCGGGACGUUCAAGAUGAUCUUCACGCCGAAGGACGGCAGCGGGGCGAAGGAGUGGGAGGUGUUCAACUUCCCCGGCGGCGGCGUGGGCAUGGGCAUGUACAACACGGACGAGUCCAUCUCGGGCUUCGCCCACAGCUGCUUCCAGUACGCCAUCCAGAAGAAGUGGCCUCUCUACCUGAGCACCAAGAACACCAUCCUCAAGGCCUACGACGGCCGCUUCAAAGACAUCUUCCAGGAGAUCUUCGACAAGCACUACAAGACUGAGUUCGACAAGCUGAAGAUCUGGUACGAGCACCGGCUCAUUGAUGACAUGGUGGCCCAGGUCCUCAAGUCCUCCGGGGGCUUCGUCUGGGCAUGCAAGAACUACGAUGGGGACGUCCAGUCGGACAUCCUGGCCCAAGGCUUUGGGUCCCUGGGGCUCAUGACCUCGGUGCUGGUGUGUCCGGAUGGGAAGACCAUCGAGGCCGAGGCGGCCCACGGCACCGUCACCCGGCACUACCGGGAGCACCAGAAGGGACGACCCACCAGCACGAACCCCAUCGCCAGCAUCUUCGCCUGGACGCGCGGCCUGGAGCACAGGGGGAAGCUGGACGGUAACCCUGAGCUGAUCAAGUUCGCCCAGACACUGGAGAGGGUCUGCGUGGAGACAGUGGAGAGUGGGACGAUGACAAAGGACCUCGCCGGUUGCAUCCACGGCCUGGCCAAUGUGAAGCUGAACGAGCACUUUGUGAACACCACCGACUUCCUGGACACCAUCAAGAACAACCUGGACAAGGCCCUGGGCAAGAAGUAGGGACCGGGGGCACCCGGCCCCGCUGCUGCGGCGUGGAUGGAGCCGGCGCCUCCAGCCUGGCCCCGCAGCUCAGGGACAGCUCAACCCUUUUUGUAAGCAGUUUUCUUACAAGUGUCCAUAAAGCUUUUCUAGCAGGGAUGUGUAGGACCAGGGGGGCCCGCGCUGACUCGUGUACCCCCCCGUGCCAGCAGCCAUUAAACACCUCACCCC